AGAGAUAGACGGGAGGAGACACCCAGGGGUAGGCAGAGAGUGCGAGAGAGAGAGAGAGAGACAGCCCUGGAGACGAGUACGGCUCAGUCCCACCCCGAGAGGUCCAAACAGAGCGAGUCACAGAACCAGACCCAAGAACCGGAUCGCUGAGGUUUCUGAGAUGGCCCUUCUGCAAGUGUGUGGCUCUUCAUCCGACUGGCGGUUACCCCUGUAUGGGGGCAAAAUCUCCCCCGCCAUCUCAUUCCUGCCACAGAAGACCGAGCUGGCAGUGCCCCCUGGGUGGCAGCCCGCGGAGUUCCUGCGUCGAAUGGAGCAGGGGGUGGAUGGCGUGAAAAUCGAGCCGUGGCACGGAACCACGACCCUGGCCUUUAAAUUCCAGCAUGGGGUCAUCGUAGCCGUGGAUUCGAGAGCUUCGGCUGGGAGUUAUAUCGCGACACUAAAGGUUAAUAAAGUGAUUGAGAUUAACCCUUACCUGCUGGGGACCAUGUCCGGAAGUGCCGCUGACUGCCAGUACUGGGAGAGACUGCUGGCUAAAGAGUGCAGGUUAUACCAGCUGAGGAAUAAUUCCCGGAUCUCGGUGUCGGCGGCAUCCAAGCUCCUGUGUAACAUGAUGCUGCAGUACAGAGGAGCCGGGCUGUCCAUGGGCAGCAUGAUCUGCGGAUGGGAUAAGAAGGGUCCCGGUCUGUAUUAUGUGAAUGAAAAUGGUACCAGAUUGUGUGGGGACAUCUUUUCCACCGGAUCAGGGAAUUCUUACGCCUAUGGAGUAAUUGACAGCGGCUAUCGGUAUGACCUGAGUCCGGAAGAGGCUUAUGAUCUGGGCCGCAGGGCGGUCACCUAUGCCACUCACCGUGAUGCCUACUCGGGGGGAGUUGUGAACAUGUACCACAUGAAGGCGGACGGCUGGGUGAAGGUUGGACAGUAUGAUGUAAGCGAUUUGCUACAGGGAUACACUGAGCAGAAGACCGAGUGACCAGAAAGGCAGAAGGAGAUCCUACAGAGGCCUCCGAACCACCAACCUUUACUUCUCUGGGACCCCCAAACAGAAUAUUGAAACCUCGUUGUGAUGUAACACAGUACAGUCAAAGAACGAAUAAAACUUACAUUUUAAGAUAAAA